AGGUGUUCUGUGCUCUGAGUCCACACAAUGCCACAGGAAGAAGCUCACUUCGGUUACCCCAGGAAGGGCCACAGCCACUCUUACGUCACCGCUGAAGAGGCUGCGGGGAUUGGCAUCCUGACCGUGGUCCUGGGAAUUGCUCUGCUCAUCGGCUGCUGGUAUUGUAGAAGACGAAGUGGAUACCGAACCUUGACGGAAAAAAGGCUACAUGCUGGUACUCAAAGUAUCCUGAAGGGAAGAUGCCCGAGGGAACAAUGCUCAUGUGAUGGUCUUGGUCAUCAGGACAGCCCACUGGCUUUUCAAGAGAAAACUCAUCAGCCUGUGGUUCCCAACGCUCCACCUGCCUAUGAGAAGCUUUCUUCAGACCGGUCACCACCACCAUAUGCACCCUGACGCCAGCAAGGGGCUAAGAAUGCUGAGAUGAUUUCCCUCACACUUUUGCUUUAAGGCUGGUAGACACCCAUGCUUUUCUUUAGAAUGCUACAUAAUGUGCGUCUCUACUAACAGGCCAGUGUUACGUUCUUGUUAGGUCAACCAGAGAAAUAGUGAGGAAUGGUGAGAAAUAUGAACCUGGGAAACGCUUUAAUAAACAUUUUAAUGCAUAUUAUCUGUCCCAGAAGUAAUACUAUUAAAUCAUCAUCAUCAUAAUCAUCAUCAUCAUCAUUUUGAGGGGUAAAACUCACAUGGAUGACCUGGGAGCACCUGAUUUCUUUGUGAAGAAAAGAUUUUUUUUUUAACUUCAGUU